AUGGGCCUCCCGCGGGCCCUCCUCGCGGCCGCCGCGGCCGCCGCGCCCCUGCGGGCGCGCGGGCCGGUCGUCGCGGCCAGCUGGGUCGGACUGGUGCAGACGGGGUACGUCCGCGACCGCCGCGAGGCGGGGACCGUGGAGCACCCCGGCGCCGAAGGAGCGCCGGGGCCCCGCGCCCACGGGCACGCUGCCGCACAGGCCGGCGCGGCGGGCGCCCGGCAGAAGCCCGGGCCGCUGGCGGCCAUCGGCGCAGGGGCGUUCUCCGAGGGCGAGUCGACCUACGACGCGGACGGCGAGCUCCUGCCCCCGGGCCGGGGCUCCGGCGCCUGGGCGCCGGGCGGGGACCUCGCGGGGCACGUGCCGCCCCUGGGGCCAACGCCGGUGCCCGGCAAGUGGUUCCAGGAGUCGAAGUCCGGCGGUCCCGCCGAGGCGUGGCAGACGUUCUACCCCCCGGAGCCUGCCACCAUGCCGCGGGGGCACCCGACCUCCGGGUGGCGGGAGACCGUUUACGGGGGUUUCCAGCAGGAGUUCGGCACGUACAGCGCCGCGGAGCAGGCCUUCCACUGGACGCAGGCGAAGGAGAGCAAGGGGCCCAUGUGGUUCGAUACGGCUGUUGGCGAGUACGAUGCUUUCGGACGGAACAGGGAGCCCUCGCCGCAUUCGCAGCGGCGCUACGUCGAGUGGGAGCGGCGCACCGAGAGGGUAAAUUUGACGUGCGGCUCGGUCGGCUGCGUGGCCAACGCGACCUUCCCGCGGCUGUUCAACCACUCGGAGGAGCAGCGCAGGCUGUGCCAGCUCAGCAUCGCCGUCCACGCCACCGAUUUCGACGACGAGUACAACAGCAAGGAGCGGGUCGAAUUCUUCAAGGCGAAUGGGGAGACCGUAGGGGUGAACUGCAACCCUAUGGCGUCGGGCAACACCGAGGAGGCGCAGAACGCGUGGUACCCAUGUGUAAACGAGCUGGACGUGGACAGUAUCAUCAAGGACGACGGCCAGCUGUUCGUAGAGGGGAAGCUGAGCAGCAUGGUGGACGAAUUCCCAAGAAACGGCAAUCUGCUAGAUGGCGAGGCCACCGUGUCGUGCCUCGUGCGUAAGCGCUUGGAGUGGCAUCCAGCCCAGGUCGAUCUGGCGAAGAUCAACGAAACCAUGGCGAAGUUCAACGAGACGUUGGCGAAGCUGUUCCAGGCCCAGAACUUCUCCGCGCACUUCGGAUGCGCGCAGCCUGGUUGCGCGGCCGAGGCGACGCUGGAGGUCGGGGAGAGCAUGCUGAACAGGACGUGCAAGCUCACCAUGAAGAUCAGCCAGACGGACUUCGACGACGACAUGGGCACCGAUGAGCAGAUCGAGUUCCUCAAGGUGAACGGAAAGACCAUCGGGGAGAGCGUGAGACCAGGCAAGAACCCUUGCAGGCGGGCCGCAGAAUUGGGCCAGCUGCCGCUCGACACCUCGCAGCCGCGGUCGGGCUUCUCGAAUGGAACCAGCGUGGCGAAUACGUCAGACGAUGACGACGUGUACGUACUAGCCGACGGAGUUGACGUCAGCGAGGAGGCGAAGACUGGAAAGAUCACAGUCGCCUCCAAGAUCUCAGACGCAGUGGACGAGUGUGGUCACCAGGGACUCCUCCUCAGCGCGAUCGCCAUCGUCCGCUGCGAAGUCGACGAGCAGCAGCGGAGGGACAUCGAGGCAGUGCUCGAGAGAGCGCCCAGUAGCGCCUAG